AUGGAGAAUGCUUAUUCUGACAAGUUGGUGCAGGCUCUGCCUGCUACAUGUGCAACCACAAAUGAGUCGAGCAAGGCAAGAAUAGGCCGUGCACUGAGAAGGAUUUGGGCGAAGCGCUUGAAAUGGACACGAUUAAAAGAGAAAUUCUAUUUAAAAUGGGCAGAAAGCAUAGCAGAAGCAGCAAGAAGUGGUGGGGAUGACCAACAAGAACUAGAUUGGGAUAGCUAUGACAAGAUAAAAGCAGAGAUAGCUAACCGGCAGCUUCAGUGGGCUGCAGACAAGGCAAAGGCAAAGGAACUUGCAAAACUAAGAGCAGAGAGAGCAGCAAAGGCAAGAGCAGAAAAGAUGGAAAGGCUUGCCCAAAAGAGAAAAGAGAGGGAUCUGAAGGCAAAGGCUAGAGAACAAACACAAAAAAAGAUCCAGAGAAAAUCAAAGGAGGAGAAAGAAGAGUUGGCUAUUUCAAAGGAGUUAAGGUGGGGGAUCUUUGAUGGAUCCUUCAUGGUUGAUCUCCUAUGCCACACGAUGAUUCACAAAAAGAAGUCUAUGGAUUCUAAAAUUUCCAUGCAAAAGAACAUGGUGAAUGGUCAUCAUCUAACUAUUGAAAAAUUGGAUCUUGAGUUUAUAAGAAGAGAGAAAAUGCGAAGAAAAGUUUUGCUUGCAGAUCAAAUCCGGGCUGCCAAAAGCAAAAGAGUGGAAUGUGUAGCAGGGGAAGCAGUCACAAACUCUUUGGUUCAUCCUCCGUGA